AUGAAUUACACGAAAACAGAAAUUUUAAACACAGCAGAAUAUGUUUGUAGACAUUUUGCUGAUCAAAAAUCUUUUGUUUGUAGAGGAAUUACCUCACAAUUUAAAGACGAAUUUCUUUAUGUUUUAGAGAAAUUGGUUUUUCAGCCAAGCCAGCUCUGUGGAUUAAUUUUGAAUGGAUGUGGAAAUCCAAUUAAUCCAUUUGACACGAAUUGGAAUGUAUCUCUCCCUCCUUCUCCUCCAACUUUUAAGAAUUUUAAAUCGUCAACAAAUCAAACAAACAAAACAACACCUAUUCGGAUUUUGCAAUUAUCAGAUAUUCAUUUUGACCCGGCUUAUUUGGAAGGGAGUGAGGCAGAUUGUGAGGAACCUGUUUGUUGUAUUAAAAUGCCGAAGAAAGGAGAACUUGUAAAAAAGAAAGCGGGAUAUUGGGGGACAGCAGCAAAAUGUGAUAUUCCCCUUCGAACUGUAGAAAAUUUGUUAGAACAUAUUAAUCGAACUCAUAAACUUGAUUUUGUACUUCUUUCUGGCGAUUACCUUCAUCAUCGAGAUUGGGAAUAUACUCGUGAAGGACAUCUAUCAGCCAUUGCCAAUUUAUCCGCCCUUUUACAACACCAUCUACCACAAAUUCCAAUAUUUUGGGCUCUCGGCAAUCACGAGGCUGUCCCAGUCAAUGCUUUUGGGCCUCACUUUGUACCUGAUCAGUUUAGACCAACUUGGAUGUAUCGAGCUUUACUGGCUGAAGCACAUAAAACAGACCAGGGUCUUUUAUCAGUUGAAGCUGAUGAAGAUUUUGUUUACAGAGGUUCUUAUGCAGUUGAUUAUGGCAAUCUUCGACUAAUUUCAUUAAACAAUGGUUAUUGUGACAAUACAAAUAUGUUUAUUUAUAUUAACCAAACAGAUCCGGAUGGUGCUUUAACUUGGCUAGUUAAUCAACUUUGGAAUGCCGAGAAAAGUGGAAAGGCAGUCUACAUUUUGUCACAUAUUCCUCCAGGCGAUGAAGAGUGUCUUGAAAGUUGGUCACGAAAUUAUUACAGAAUUGUUGUAAGAUUUGAACAAACAAUUAAAGGGCAAUUCUUUGGACACACUCAUUAUGAUAGUUUUUCCCUCUUUUUUACUGAUAUGAACAAUAGAGGCACUGCACCCCUCUCUGUAUUAUUUACUGCCCCAAGUGUUUCAACUUUCGAAGAGCUUAAUCCGGCAUAUAGAAUUUAUAGUGUAAAUCCAACAGAUUGGGAAAUAUUGGAUUAUGAGACUUAUUUUUUAAAUUUAUCAAACACAAAAACUUCCAAAGAAUCCCCAAAAUGGGAAUUUCUUUACUCUGCUAAAGAUGAGUAUAAUUUAAAAGAUUUGAGUGCUACAGAAUGGAAUGAAUUAAUUAAAAGAAUUGAAAGAGAUCCAGAAAUUACUAGAAAAUUUAAUAAAAAUUAUGUUCGUCGAGAUGAUGUAUUUUGUGGAAAGAAAUGUUUAGAAAAGAGAAUUUGUUUAAUACGCGCCUCUCAUCAUAAUCAGAAGGAAUUGUGUAAAAAUGAGAAUAAGAAUAAAAGGAUAAAAUUGAAAUUAAAGGCAAUUUUGAAUUUUUUUGAUUUUUAA